GUCUUCCACCCGUCGUGCCGUGCUCCCGCGGCCCACCGGUGGACACGCGCUGCCUGACGCGCCGCGUCGGCCGCGCCCGCCUAUACACACGCGCGCCCGUCCACAGCAGCCGCACACGCCCUGCGUUUCUCCCACUCGCAGUCGCAGUCUUGCCUUGCGCUUGCGCCCACACACCCAUCUCUGGGUCGAUCGCCGGGGAGAGGCAGUGACCGCAAGUGAAUCGCGCACACUAAGAUCGGGCGUUCCUCCUGUCCAUGGGAGGUUUUAGGCGGUGGCUGCCGUUCGGCGGCGGCGGCGGCGGGUGCUGCUGCGGCGGCGGCGGAGGCGGAGGCGGAGGCGGAGGCAGGGGCGUGGCGGACGGGCUGGUGUGGGACGUGCCCCUCAAGGCGCACGCGUCGGGGGACUACUCCAUCGCCGUGGCGCAGGCUAACGAGGCGCUCGAGGACCAGGCGCAGGUGCUCUCGGCGCCGGGCGCCACGCUCGUCGGCGUCUACGACGGCCACGGCGGGCCCGAGGCCGCGCGCUUCGUCAACAGGCGCCUCUUCUCCCUCAUCCAAGAUUACGCGGCCGAGAACGGCGGCCUGUCGGCGGAGGUGAUCCAGAAGGCCUUCGGCGCGACGGAAGACGAGUUCGUGGGCAUGGUGCAGAAGUCGUGGCCGGCGCACCCGCGGAUCAUGUCCGUGGGCUCCUGCUGCCUGGUGGGCGCCAUCGAGAACGGGACCCUCUACGUGGCCAACCUCGGCGACUCCCGCGCCGUGCUCGGCCGCCGCGACGACGCCGCCCCCGGCCGGGGGAACAAGCGGGUGGUGGCGGAGCGGCUGUCCCGGGACCACAACGUCGCCGACGAGGACGUGCGGCGGGAGGUGGCGGAGAUGCACCCCGACGACUCGCACAUCGUGCUCAACAGCCACGGCGUGUGGCGGAUCAAGGGCAUCAUCCAGGUGUCCCGGUCCAUCGGCGACGUGUACCUCAAGAGGCCCGACAUGUGCCGGGGCAACCCGAUGCUGCAGCAGUCGCUGUGCCCGUUCCCGCUGCGCCGCCCCGUGAUGAGCGCCGUGCCGUCGAUCACGACCCGGGAGCUGCGCCCGGGCGACCGGUUCGUCAUCUUCGCGUCCGACGGGCUGUGGGAGCAGCUCGGCGACGACGACGCGGUGGGCAUCGUGGCGGGCAGCCCAAGGAAGGGCGUGGCCAUGCGCCUGGUGCGCGCCGCGCAGCUGGAGGCGGCGCGGAAGAAGGAGGUCAAGUACGACAAGAUCCGGACCAUCGAGAAGGGACACCGCCGGCACUUCCACGACGACAUCACCGUCGUGGUGCUCUUCCUGGACAGCUGCCGGGGCGCGGCGCGGUCCGGCGCCGGGGACAUCGGCGGCACCUACGCGCCCGUUGACGUGUUCUCCUGCAGCCCCGCCGGCGACCAUCACCACGAGGACCCGACCAGGCCCGUCCUGCGGCGUUGAGUUGAGACUGAUCCUGGUUGGUGUGCUGUUCUUUCGUUCGGUUCAUGCGAUUUAUUUCGCUCUUGAAACGAGAGGUACGUGAAUCGAGUUGCUUCCCGUAAUCCCGUUUCAAGGAGAAUUUGCCUGUAAAGAAAGAAGUGUCAUCGAACAGACGAACAUACUACAGUGUCGUGGCGAUCAAGUGUAGCAAACUGUAAACCUUCAUCUAUUCCUUCCUUCUUUUGUUUUAAGAGAAUGUGAAUGUUCUACUGCACUCCAA